AUGCCAGUGCUGGACUCCGAACCGAUUCCAGAACUCUUCUCUGGCAAGAACCUUCCUUGCCUAAGAUACGUUGAGCUCAGUUACUGCAAGUGUCCCGCUCCGUCCCUACUCCUUCGGGCGAACUUAACAUCACUCAUCUUGAAAUCAUGCGAGCGCUUCUGGGACUCCAUCGACGACCUCCUUUCCUUCCUCUCCGCAUCACCAACCCUCAAAGUUAUCAAAAUAUCAGCGGAUCAUCAUGGUUACCCACUCGCCCGCAACGUACACCCCGUCCACAACAGUCCACAGUCUGUCACAAUGCCAUCUCUCAGAUGGCUACACCUAGACAUGGAGUUUGAAUGCAUCGUACCCCUUUUGCAAGCGCUCUCACUCCCUUAUCGGGCGGAAAUCGACAUCAACGGCGAUUAUCUCAUGGUCCCGAGAGUGUACAACGUCCAAUUCGUCAAUCUAGUACGCGAACUGAAAGAAGCCCUCGAUCGUCAUUUGCGCCAAUCCUAUCCUUCCACCAUCCCGCUCUCCUUUUCCAAGGCUGACCUGCAAGAUGGGUUCCGCCGGGUGACGAUUCAAGACUACGGCCCAAAUUAUGGAGACGAGGGAGUCGCCAUCAUCGCAGAGUUGCCCAAUUCAGUCGACAAUGGACCGCCGACGUUCGAACUGGGCGCGUGCUACCUUGCUGAUUCCAUAAAGGAGAACCUGGAGAUCAUCCGCACUACACUCGUCUUGCCGGGUAUACGAGGGGCAUUCACGCGUCUUAUCGUCGACAAGCGUCAGCUUCUUCAUGUCUCAUGGCAUUGGCACACCAUCUUUAAGCAUCUGGGGAGUGUCGAGGUCAUCGAUCUCUCUGGGCCUCCCGCCAGGGCCUUUCUACGUGCUUACGGGGAAGAGGAUGGUUUCUUAUCCGAAUAUCCCGCAAUUCCUCGCCUUCAGAAGAUCAUCAUCCGUAACGCCAAAGUCGGCGUGGACGUCGUCUCUGAAACUUUGAAUUGUCUUACCAUGAUGGGCGAAGGAGGCGCUCCGCGCUCCCUAUCAUUCUCUUUCUUCAAUUGCACCAUCGCUGAGGAGACGUUGCACUUGUUGCGCGAGCACAAACAUGUUGAUCAAGUUGUCUGGGAUGGUCGAUCGGAUGGUUGGGAGGGGGAGAAAGGUCGGCAAUGGUGGGAAAGCGGCUAUGGCGGAGAGGAAGGCGGUGGCUACGAUAGCGACGGGACGGUGUCUGGCGAGGGUACUGAGGAUGACGAGUGGUGGUAG